CUAUACCGAAAUACCCGAAAAUCCGAAAUACCCGAUCCGAACCCGAACGGGUACGCGAACGCCCACCCCUAGUUGGUGGGAGGGGGAGGUAAAAAAAAGUCAUAUUCUAAAGUCACUUCAUGAAGUGGGUUAAAAAAAAAAGAAGGCUAGCUAUAGAUUGUUGAUUUUGGAAGUGAAUCUUCCGAUAAAGAGUCAUAUUCUUUGGACUGAACGCGACGAAAAUAGACUCAAGUUCAGUAUCCGGGGUGUGGGGGUUACAGACUUACAGAUCUGCAGUACAAUAUGCUUUUCAGGAUUAGAAAAUAUAUCUUUGUUAGAUAAUGAUUUUUUCGUAAAGAAAAAAAAAACAUUAGAUUUUGAAGUUGAUAUAGUACAUAAAUACGGAUUUAAUAGAUUGUAAAUAUUAUUUUAUAGUAUAAUUAUUAUAGAAAACCUAAAUAUUUGACUCAAUCAUAUUUUACUUCUCAAGUUCAAAUUUAAUUCGCGUUUACUAACAACAUGGAUUCCAACAGAUACAAAGCAGUAGCUGAAGCAGGAAGUUAUAACGCUGGUCAAGUCUUUGAACAGCAAGCCACUCUCCUUACAGAUUUACUUGGAACGUCCAAGUUUGUUUGAACCACAACCCUAUCAAGCCUAGUGAUGUCUUAACUUUCAGAUGCAGUAAAUGCAUGUGCUUAGGCCUGACUGGACCUAGUUUCUGAACCAUGUUGUGGCAAUAUUUUUUGUGCCAGCUUUCUCUUUGCAGGACGUAAAGGAGGGCCAUAAAUGCCAAAAUGGCGUUUAACGAGCCUGAAUCCUGAUGCAUUAUUUUUGUAUCGUCUUCUGUCAUCGCAGAACGUGAAGGAGGGCCAUCUUUUAUUAAGGCCAAAGCCGAAAGGGCGUUUGAAAUGUGUGGUGGUAGCUUGUGAAGUCACUGAUAUAGCUCAUAAAUCCAACGAUCUUGUUGUUGUUGGCACUAAAUGUACGUAUGCGUUGAAGAUCUUGUUGUCGUUGGAACUAAAUGUACGUAUGCGUUGAAGUGGUUGUUAAAUAGCUUUUUUUUUUUUUUUUUUUGUAAACUAAAUAGCUUUCUUUUGUAUACUAGAAAUAGCUUUCUUUUGUAUACUAGAUAUCAUCACACCGGGCCGGUUGAUAGGGAAGACAAGCGGUGUGACCGCUCCGUCCCCAAAUCUGUGUCUUUUCGCAUAUUAAUAAUUAAGAGGACCAAUUUUUUUUAUAAAUCUAUAUUUUUUACAAAAAUAAUAAUACAUAUCAUAAAUAAAAUUGAAAAAUGUCUAAAAAUAUUUGAUAUGUAUAUAGUUUUAUUUUCAUCACAAAAUCUACAAAAUAUAACUGAUUAAAUUUUAAAAAUAUUUUAAGUAUUAUCUAAAUAUAAAUUUUAAAGGGUAAUUUUUUUUGUCCUAAGACCAUAACAGUGUUAAGCCGGCCAUGCUCACCGAUAGGCACAACAAUUGUUCAUGUUUUUAAACCUGACCCGGACACUGAACCGGACGACUUACCGGGUCGCUGAGUCGUUGGGUCGCUGGGUCGACCGCAGGUGAACCGCAGGUUAAUAAAUGAAUUAGUUAUAUUAUAUGAUAAUAUAUUAGUUAUGAAAAUAAAUAUAUAAAAACUAAAGUUUAAUAUUUUCUAAAUAUUUUUUAAAACAUAAAAUAAUAGUUUGGAUAUGUAUAUACUUUAUGUUUAAAAAGUAUUUAGCAAAUACUUAACUUUAGUUUUUAUAUUUUUAUUUUCAUUUGACAUGCAAAAUAUCAAAAAAAAUCGUUUAGACUACUUAAAAUUUCUGUAACAAAGUAAGAGUUAUGACAUCUAAAAAAAUCAAGAUAUAAAACUCACAAAUAUUUAAAUAUCUAAUGUGAAUAAUAAAUUAACUUCAAAUUCAAAAUAAACUAAAGUAAAAGAUCAUUGUAAUAAAUUGUCAAUACCAGAAAUAAACUAACAUCAAAUCACAGCAAAUAAUUUUGGUGUUCUCCAUCAUCGUUCACUUCAUUUUUUUUAGGUCACAUAGUAAAAAAUCUUCAUCAAAAUCUAAAAAUUACAAAUAUAAAACUGAAAAGGAAAAACCUAUUUUUUUUGUCAGCACCUAACUUUUUAAUUGAAAACUUAGAAUAUAAAACAUAAUGUAAAAACUAAAAAAGGAGUAAAAGUUAUUUAUUGGUUCAACUGGUGGUUCAACCGGUAUCGAGUUCUGGGGUUUAGUGGGUUUUUGCCGGUUUUUAAUAGUUUUUGCAGGUUUCUAAAUAUUGGGUUUUUCAUAAAAUCCAAACCGGAUUUUUUCUGGGUCACCGAGUUUACCGGUUCAACCGCGGAUCCGGGUCGGGUUUCAAAACACGCCUAAAGGUAUUUAAUUAUAAAUUGCAUUCUAUCAAGGAUUUGUCAACUUCUAAUGACAAGAUUUUGUUUUGCUUUAAAGUAUUAAGAAUAUGUUUAUGUCAACGCACAACAAAACUCAGUACGAAUUGACAAAAUCAUCUACUAUUAGUUUAGGGGUUUCAAAAUCUUUGACAAUCAUCUAUUAUUAGUUUUCUAAACACUAACUGAAAGUCAAUGUUAUUCAAUUAUACAAGUAAAUGUUGAAUUUACAAAAAAAUAAUUUAAACUUAUUUUUAUUAUUAUAAUCAUUUAUUUUCAGAAUUGUAAAUUAUAUAAAAAAAUCAAUCAAAUAAAAUAACAUCAUUUUAUUUGAUUUACAAAUCCAUAUAUGAUUUAAUCCUUAGAGAGUAUAAUGAUUCUUAAAUCAAACAAAGUUUAAUUAGUAUUUGUAAAUCUAAGUUUUUCGGAUUUAUGUAUUUAUAUUUUUGGCAUAUUUUUUUCUUAAGCCACUAAAAUUUAUAAGUAAAAUGUAAGCGUAAAUAAAAUUUAAUUUUAGUUAAUGUUGAGAAAUUUCUAAUUAAUAACAUAUGACUUGAGCAAAAAAAUUGAAAUCACAGAUACAAUAACACUAACACAUAUUUUGCUUGGAUUUCUAAAUCAUCAAAAUUCAAUGUUCAAUAGUCCCUACUAAAUCUUAUUUUUAUUUCGAAUAAUAAACAGUUGUACGUGAACUAAUUUAAAUUCAAGAGUUAUAAUUGAAGACUCCACAUAAAGAUGUGUGAGGAGGUCUGUUUUUUUUUGUGGUCAUCGUCUAUUUGUUGUAUUGGUCGGUUAAGAUAUUUGUUUUGUGCGUGUUUAGUUUUUUUUUUUAACUAGGGGACUUCAAACCUAGAACUCACACUAUCUCCAAAACUUAUGAAACUUUGGAUUUUCCCCACUUAAGACAUCGACGACGGCCAACCAACCAUAUGUAAUUCAUAAGUGUUUUAUUGAUUUUACGAGGUUAACAGUUACUUUUUUUUGCUCGGUUAACAGUUACUUAAUACUCUAGAAUUCUUUCCUUCGGACAAAAUGGAGAAAUGAGUGGGACAAUAACCUGAAGACUGAAGUUAUAUCUUCAUAUAAUAGAGUACUAUUUUACAUUUUGCUGACUAAAAAGAGAGUAUAUUAUUAAUACAAAACUUGAUUUAAAAAAAAAAGUUGUAUUCAAGUAUAUAAUAAGAUUUAUUAUUAUAAUUUAUUGCUAUAGAAAAGUAUUUGAAUUUUAAAAUCUUAUAAAAUAAUAAAGUUUUCAAACCAGAAGUGCAUGAAGCAUUGGAGAUAAAACCAUUUGAGAUUUUCUACAUUCAAUAAAAACUUAAUGAAAAUUUCAAAUUUUGUAUGUGGCACUUGCCCGGUCUAGUUCUCACCUAGAACCACCCCUGCAUAAGUAGUAUAAUAAUAUUUUUUUGGGGAUCAGAUCAGCUCCUGUGAAUCUGUGAAUUAUGUAUAUAUAUACCCACAAAACGCCUCGUAGUACCAUUUACUUCAUUCCAAAGCUAUCCCAAGUGUUCAUCGAAGAACGAUACCAACGCACCACUUGUAAUAUCUCUCACAUCCUCUCGAGUUGAUACAUAUAUAUCUUAUUGUACGAUGAUGAAGUUAUAUCAUAUAAUAUCUAGAUCAUUCUUCUGACUCUGUGCUUGGUGUAUUAUAUAUGUAUAUAUAUAUAUAUUCUUAUUGCAAAAUCCUAAGUAUGAUCCAUUGAUGCAAUUGUAUUUACCUAUAAAGUUAGAAUUACUGUCUUAGUGUUUUAUGUAGUUAUAACCUUUUAAAAAAUAUAGUUUUCCCAUGUGAAUAUAUAAUAUCUUUUUCUUUCCUGCUGUUUAAAGUGGAAAAAUGUGGAGGUUGAAUAUAGGAGAAGGAAGAGGAGAAGAUAAUCCGUAUUUGAUAAGCACUAACAACUUCGCUGGUCGGCAAAUAUGGGAGUUUGAUCCAAAUGCCGGCACGUCAGAGGAACUGUUCGCCGUCGAGGAGGCUCGUCGUACUUUUUACAAUUGCCGCCAUCGGGUUAAAGCUUGCGGUGAUCUUUUAUGGCGCAUGCAGUUCCUCAAGGAGAAGAAGUUCGAGCAAGUAAUGCCGCCGGUGAAGGUCGACGAUGCACAGAGAAUCACGAAAGAAGAAGCGACCAAUGCAUUGCGGCGAUCCGUUCACUAUUUCUCGGCGUUGCAGAGCAGCGACGGCCACUGGCCAGCUGAAAUCACAGGUCCACUCUUCUAUGUUCCGGUCAUGGUGUUUUGUUUCUAUAUCACAGGACAUCUUGAUGAGAUGUUCACUAAAGAGCAUCGUAAAGAAAUGCUUCGAUACAUAUAUUGUCACCAGAAUGAAGAUGGGGGUUGGGGAUUACACAUAGAAGGCAAGAGCGGUAUGUUUUGCACCGCACUGAACUACAUAUGUUUGCGUAUUGUUGGAGAAGGUCCAGAUGGAGGACCAAGAAACGCCUGCAAGCGAGCAAGGCAAUGGAUUCUUGAUCAUGGUGGUGUGACUUACAUACCUUCUUGGGGAAAGUCUUGGCUCUCGAUACUUGGAAUCUAUGAUUGGAGUGGAACCAACCCAAUGCCUCCAGAGAUCUGGCUCCUACCUUCUUGGCUUCCAAUACAUCUUGGGAAAACUACAUGCUUUUGCCGGCUGGUUUACUUGGUCACGUCUUACUUUUAUGGAAAGAGAUUUGUUGGUCCAAUAACACCUCUUAUUCUGCAACUUCGAGAAGAACUCUACGUACAACCUUAUGAAGAAAUCGAUUGGAAUAAAGCACGACGUUCAUACGCAAAGGAAGACAUGUAUUAUCCACAUCCUUCUAUUCAAGAUUUUGUAUGGGAUAGUCUUCACGUUUUCGGCGAGCCUUUGCUUACACGUUGGCCACUGAACAAGCUUGUGAGAGAAAAGGCUCUUAAGGUAGUGGUGGAUUACAUACACUAUGAAGAUGAAAAUAGCCGGUAUAUCAACAUUGGAUGCGCUGGGAAGGCAAUGUGCGUACUUGCUUCUUGGGUUGAAGAUCCAAACGGAGAAUAUUUCAAGAAGCAUCUCGCUAGAGUUCCAGAUUAUUUUUGGAUUGCUGAGGAUGGGAUGAAAGUGCAGAGUUUUGGAAGUCAACUUUGGGACACAUCACUUGCGAUUCAAGCUUUACUUGCUAGUAACAUGUCUAAUGAAACCGCUCAUGUACUCAAGAAAGGACAUGAUUUCAUUAAGAGAUCUCAGAUCAGAGAAAACCCUUCGGGAGAUUUCAAGAAGAUGAACCGACACAUAUCCAAAGGAGGAUGGACUUUCUCUGAUCGAGAUCAGGGUUGGAAUGUUUCAGAUUGUUCAGCCGAAGCAUUUAAAUGUUGUCUUCUGCUCUCCAAGAUGCCACCUGACGUUGUUGGCCCAAGAAUGGAUCCUGAGCAGCUAUACGAUUCUGUGAACCUCUUACUAUCUUAUCAGAGUGAAAAUGGAGGUAUGACAGCAUGGGAGCCUGCCCGUGGAUAUGGAUGGUUAGAAUUGUUCAACCCUACAGAGAUGCUAGCUGAUCUUGUUAUCGAGCGUGAGUACGUGGAAUGUACUUCAUCGGUUAUCCAAGCAUUGAUCAUGUUCAAGAAACUAUAUCCAGAUCACAGGACCAGAGAGAUUGAUAGAACCAUUGAAAAGGCGGUGCAAUUUAUAGAAAACACACAAGAAGCAGAUGGUUCAUGGUAUGGAAGCUGGGGAGUAUGCUACACAUAUGCAACAUGGUUUGCUCUUGAAGGCUUAGUAGCAGUUGGUAAAACGUAUGAAAACUGUUUGGCUAUACGUGAAGGUGUUGCCUUCCUUCUCAAGAAACAAAACAGCAGUGGAGGUUGGGGAGAAAGCUAUUUGUCUUGCUCUGAAAAGAGAUACAUAGAGUUGGAAGGAGGAAGAUCAAACCUGGUGCAAACCGCUUGGGCAUUGAUGGGUCUAAUUCAAACGGGACAGGCCGAGAGAGAUCCAGUGCCUCUUCACCGUGCUGCCAAACUUAUCAUCAAUUCGCAGUUGGAAAACGGAGAUUAUCCUCAACAGGAAAUGACAGGAGUGUUCAUGAAGAAUUGUUUUCUAAACUAUGUCACCUACAGAAACAUCUUCCCUAUAUGGGCGCUUGCAGAGUACCGCAAAGUUAUUUAGCUUUUGCAGCUACUCAAGAUUUUUUAGUUAUACACAUUAUUUCACAUAGUGACCCGGUCAUGUAUGUUGUUACACUCUUUUCUUUUUGGUCUCUUUCCAUUGGAUUGUACCAUGAAUAAAACUAUAUUCAAGAAGUCGUCUUCGCUU